CAUGUCCGUCCAGGAACAUUUCUAGGAAUUCUGGCCAGUCUCCCUGAUAGUUUCCAAAGGAGGAGCUGGACCGAUAGAAGUGGAAGUAGGACACGCACAGAUCCCUGGGGUUCCUGAACAGCACGAUCUUCUGUGGGGAACAGUUCCAUUCAAAAUGGCGGAAGCGCCGACACCGGGUGAUGAGUCAAGUGAUGAGGAUUCACAAUGGAAGAAGGAUAUGGAAGACAGUGACGUCACAAUCUUUUUCAAGCCAGAGGAUGCAUAUAGAAUCGAGAAAACCAUUUUAUCCAAUUUUGAACAAUUAAAAUUAAAAUUCAUUCGCCCUGCCAUCUCAACGCCCAUGGCGGCACAUCAGUACAAAAACAUUGCAAAGGCUAUAAAGAACAGUAAGAAAACUCUUCUAAUUCUAUCAGAGAGUGCUAAGAACAUUGACUUUUCCCUGGAGACCUAUCUAGCUUUGGAACAAUGUCUACAGACGGGACGGCUCUCCCUCAUGGUUCUCCUGAUAGAUGGAAUGUCCGUCCAAGAACUGCCGGAAAUUCCCUUCCUUCAACAAGCCACGCAAAUGGUUCUAGUGGACAAUUAUCACGAACGCUGCAUGGAGACGGUUUGCAAGACCUUGAAACGAGAGGUGUCUUUAAACCAGCUUCUCCCGGCCGGAAACUUUGCCGUGGGAAUGGCAUGGUCACACUUCGCUGGAUAUUUAAAGAAUAUUCUACCAGUUCUAGCUCAAUAUAUACAAAAAUCGGAUAUUUUCCAAAACAACCUCGGCAAAAUGUCCACAAUAUUUUUCAUGCUUUGUCCGCUGAGCGCAAAGGGGCAAAGAGACAUAGCGGAUAUAGACCCGAACGUUCAGAAUAUGGGUAGAGUUGUGAUCGAAAUGAAUGGCCGUAAAUACACACCGACCAUUUACAAGGUCAACGGGAAGAACGAAAAUGGCAAAGAUGAGGAAUAUUUCUGCUGCGCUGAGUACCCAAGCGCCCUGUGUGCUCUCGGCUUGAUAACAGACGAAGUUCUGAACCUUCUAACUCCACUUCAGCGAAGAACGGAAGUGGAAAGGUUCAAAUACAAGACAGAAGAACUAUUAAACCACACAAGAAAUCAGGAAUGCUUCGGAAGAGCAAAAGUCUUGGUGUUCGACGACGAAGGGAAAGAUGAGGAAAGUACUCCGUCUAGAGUUUUGUUCAAAGGGGUCCGGAGCGCUAUAGAAGAAACCUUUCUGAAACCGGUGGGUGAGAAGCCCCCUGGCCUUUAUGACCCUAACAGACCAGCUUAUUCCAAGGAUGUCUGCUUUCUUUACAGCGACUCUGAUGCGCAUGAAAGCAAGAGUAUGUCUCACAGUAAGAACCCGGAUAACAAAACUAUCAAUAGCAUCCGGGGUUUCUUGGAAGACAAAAACAUUCGUUGUUCAAUUGCUCGACCACCCAUCGACUCACCAGAUGUGGUAGAAGAAAGAGUGAAAGAAGCGAGAUGGGUUUGUUGCUUGAUAUCUAAUAACACCAUUAAGAAGAAAAGGUUUAUCGAAUUCUGGCUGGCAGCACUUCUAAAUAAGUGUAUAGAGAAAAAUCAUUUAAAAAUCGUCAUUUUACUGAAGGACGUUGAUAGCUCAUAUAUUCCAAACUUCAUUCAAUGGGUCACGUAUAUCGAUAUCGUUAACGAACCAUCCUUUGAAGAACGGAUAUUUGAAAUCAUUAAGGGUGAUGUAAUAUCUCUGAAAUCCCAGGUACCAGUAGGUAAUGUAGCGUUCGGAUUAGCUUGGGCAUUCCAUGUCAAUUAUCUAAGGCAUGUGUUGCCAGAUUUUAACGAACGCCUGCAACAUAGAAUGGCACAGGAUGAUAUUAGGAAACUCACAGCAAGUAGAGAAUUUAAAGUUUCAAAACACUUGCUAGAGUUGGUCCCCGAAAGUUGUAAUUUUAAACCGUUACUGCAUGAGAUAGAUGAAAGAAUACAACCCCCUUUGGAAAUUAAACCUAUAGAGAAACAAAUGAACGCCACCAAGAAAGUGUUUUCGUGCAAACUUUACAGAAUACAGGGUGAGACGUGCGACUAUUACUUUGCAGGGGAGAUGUUGACGCCGAUUAAUGCAUUGUCUCAGAUGAACGUCUCGAUGAUAGCAGGACUAUCAAAACAGCGAAUGUACGAACAGCGGGACCAACUCGUGGACCAGAUUACCGCCAUUUUACAGUCCAAAGCUACCCCUGCAGAAAUGCAAGAUAAAUGUAGAUGUAUCAAAUAUGAUGACCAAAAUUGGAAGCUGGCUGACGUCAUCAUGAAAGAAAUCGACAAAGACUCGAAUGAAGACCACGAAACUAAGUACGGAAAUUGGCUUAAGAGGCAAAAUGAAGAGGAGAGCUAACAUACUUGUAUAAGACAUCGCAGAUUGUUUCAAAACAGAGAAUUUCAGAUUACCUUUUAAAGGACGGUUCUUCUUGUUUUUAACAAUUUUUGGUGAAGUGGGCAGUUCCGGA